CCGGAAACCCAGACCCGAGAGGAAAGCCUCAGAUACCGGAGAUUAAGCGGUAGAGGCCAAAGAGAGAGAAAGAAGGGGUCGGCCUCACAAGUGUCAGCCUCGCGAAGCGAACCCCGCGCCCCCCGCGCCAGCGUGAGCCGCCGGCGGAAGUGCUGCGUCGUGCACUUCCGGGUGUUGUCUGGACGCCUCCGCCGAGAGUCUCCGGUCCCCCGGCUGCCGCCGCCGCCUCGGGUCCUAGAGCCAGGAGCGACGUCACCGCCAUGGCCGGCAUCAAAGCUUUAAUUAGUUUGUCCUUUGGAGGAGCAAUUGGGCUGAUGUUUUUGAUGCUUGGGUGUGCCCUUCCAAAAUACAACCAAUACUGGCCCCUCUUUGUCUUAUUUUUCUAUAUCCUUUCACCUAUACCAUACUGCAUAGCAAGAAGAUUAGUGGAUGAUACAGAUGCUAUGAGUAAUGCUUGUAAGGAGCUCGCCAUAUUUCUUACAACAGGCAUUGUUGUCUCAGCUUUUGGACUCCCAAUUGUAUUUGCCAGGGCACAUCUGAUUGAGUGGGGAGCUUGUGCACUUGUUCUCACAGGAAAUACAGUCAUCUUUGCAACAAUACUAGGCUUUUUCUUGGUCUUUGGAAGCAAUGAUGACUUCAGCUGGCAGCAGUGGUGAAAAGAAUUUCUGAACUAUGGUCAAGUGGACUUGUCUUUUAUUGGUCAUCCAUGCACACAGGAGAUGGGGCAAUAAUGCUGAACGGUAGAGCAAGCCUCUUAGGGGGUAUUCUAGGUGCUCCCUUCUCACUUUUAUUGUAAGCAUACUAUUUUCACAAGGACUUACUGAAGGAUUAAAAGGACUUUCUCUUUCGGAAAAACUUGAUUGAUUUCACAUUUAACUAUAGUAUGCUUUUGGUUGUGUCCUGCUGAAUUUAAAUACUUAUAUGUUUUCCCUGUUUCAUUUUCUUUUUUAAAUCAAUAUACAAUGUUAAAUACUUUUUAAGUAUAAUAACUAUUUACAUUGUUUAGGAAUUCAGAAUUCUGCUGGCUGUAUUACUGAGCUAAAGUACAUCUGUUCUCAAAAUUAUUUAACCUCCAUUAUUUCAAAAAGUUAAAAAUAAGUUUUCAGUCAGGAUCACAUUGCUCCCAAUUUUAUGCAAACCUGCAGGCCAUUGGCAUAAAUUUAUAUACUAUAUACUCAGAGCAAAUAUAGCUGCAUUUAUACCUCAGAGGGGCCAAAUACUAAUUCCCUUGCUCUCCAUAAUGUUGCUGGUUUUGCCAGUAAGCUGGUGUUUUGUGUAUUGGAAAUUAUUUUAUGAAAUUGCUAUAAAAGAAUGCUGUCCUUCUUAAUUAUUAGAAUUUAUUGUUAAACUUUAAGAUAAGAGUAUAAGAACAGAUUUUUGAGGUGUGGUUUUUAUUUAUGUUUAUUAUAGUUACAGUAGAGUAAAUUGCAUUGUGAGGAGAAAAGGUGUUGAAAUUCCAUUUUUUGAAUCCUGUUUCUAUUUAUAAGUGAAAUUUUUGAUCUUCUGUCAGCCUCUCCUGUUUAACCCUGGGUAAAAUGGACAUACAUGGAACUACUACUGAUAGGGGAAAGUUAUGUGUUUGCAUCAUAAUAUGCCAGAAAACCUUUCCCUGCUUACUCCUUUUAACUUAUUUUGUAUGUUGUAUAUAUUGAGUAAAACAGCUUUUCAAAUAUAGCGAAAUAACACUUUAAAUUAGAAGUGUUUCACUUACCUGGAAAGUAAUUGCUAUGCCAUACAUUUCAGAGUGCCCCUGCCCCGCAAGGCCUUGAUGCAGUUAGCAAGUAACUUGUUAGUCUUGCAAAUAAUUCAUGCAUUUACGACUUAAAAUUUAGACUACGGUAAAUGUAGCUUUUAUUCUCUAAAGUUCUAUAUGUAAUUUUAAAAUAUUUAAGACAGCUUUCUUGUAUACCUCUCAAGUUUUGUUUAUUUCAUCAUGAUAGAUUACUGUUUCCUUUCAGAUGACAUUUAUUGUGUGAAUUAAUGCAAGGUAGCCAAAUUCAGCUGGAUAGCAGCUUGAGUCACAAACCUGACCAAAAGACUCCUAGUAACCAGGCGUUAUAAAUUGUAGUAGCCAAUUUGCUUCUCAGAGUUAUCAGUACUAUUUUCAGAAACUAGUUAUGAAAACUUUCAGGUGAUCUGAGAAUAUUUUGUUAACCUUUGUAUGUUAAUUCAGCAUACUAUAUAAAAAUUGUUUUGCCUUCAGACAAAACAGAGUAAUCAUGACAGCUGUCUUGUUGUUUUGUAACGUUUAUUUCUCAAGAAAAUGGGAACAAUUUUUGGGUUUGUUCAGCUUUUUACUAAAGAUGCCUAACAGCCACUGGUUUUAUUGCUGAUCCCUAGUUACUUCUGGCAGUGAAAUGGGAAGCAGGAUAUGCACAGGGCUGAACCGUUUACUCAGACUAAAAAUGGCUUACGGUGUGACAUGGUCUACUAAAAGGUGAAAGUACAGGUUACACAAGAAUUAGAUGACCAGUGAUACAAUUUGGAACUCUGUUCCUGUGAUCUACUUGAUAUUUUUUUUAGAAGGUACAUUCCCCAGUCCUUUCCUGUUUUUUGUCUUAGAAUUUCAGUGCAGUACACUGUUACUGGUUUAUUCAUUUGGCUAUAGACUCUUUUUUCUAACAGUUGCAUAUUCUUUCUGUAUACUAGUUGCAUUGGCAGCAUUGUGUCUUUGACCUUGCACACUAGCUUGACAUAGUGCUGUCUUGGAUUUCUAGGCUAGUUACUUGAGGUGUGAAUCUUCCAUAGAAUAUGCACUGAUACUGCAUUGCCAUUCUUCUAUGGAAAGGAAACUUUUGAUGAUGAAACAAUAAAGAUUUUAAAUAUCUA